CAAAUCAUAUGGCAGCACUAAAGAACAUGCACUAAAAAAUAAUAACAUCAAUACAUUUACAGCUGUUUGGAAAAAAAAAACAAAACAAUAAACAAAAAAGAAAAAUAAACAGUGAAGAAAACUUUUAGUAAAUUAGCAUGACACAGAGCAUCCCAUCACCAACCCAAGCACCAGGAACUUAUAUUGAAAUGGAAAACUCACAAGAUGAAUUGCCGGUUAUAGACUUCAAAGCAGAUCGUUUUCCAUUUUGCAUUGUUUGGACUCCCAUACCUAUGCUGACUUGGUUCUUCCCAUUCAUUGGCCAUAUGGGUAUUUGUAUGUCGAAUGGAGUUAUACGAGAUUUUGCUGGUCCCUAUUUCGUUUCAGAAGAUAAUAUGGGGUUUGGCAGGCCAACGCGUUACUUGCGCUUAAAUCCCAAGUAUGUAGACGGUAGUGCUCUAAUGUGGGACGAAAAUGUUUCCAAGGCUUCAGUGCUCUACGGUACUCGUAUGCACAAUCUAUUCUGUGACAAUUGUCACUCUCAUGUGGCAACAGCGCUAUGUGGUAUGCGCUACAAAAAUCGCACGAGCUGGAAUAUGAUAAUUUUAGCAUUCUGGAUGUUCGUUUGUGGACGCUACGUGGGCUUAGCAGGUUUUAUUAAAACGUGGCUGCCCUUUCUGAUCGUUUUAACUAUAUGCAUUGUGUUGGGAGUAUAUUUUUGAGUUCCGAGUACACGAUAUAAAUGAAUUUAUAGUAUGUACCUAUGUCGUAUUUAAUUAGCAGUAGUUUGAUGUUAUUAGCUUUACUAAAGAGUUUUAACGGUUUCCCAACCACUAACGAUUACUUAAUAAAUAAAUAGUUUUAUUUAA